AUGUCAUACGCCGUCGAGACCAAAAAGCGAAAGUUUCAUCGAGUGCUGGAAUCUCUGACCAAGCCAUCGACCGCUGAACCUGCGUCCAAAAAGACCCCCGCAACUCCAACAACAGCUCGCGAACUUCCCGCAGAUCUAUCCAUCAAGAAGGUCCGACUGAGCAGUCAAGAUGAAAGCGACUUCGCAGCGGUCGGAAGAUCGAUUCUAAAAGCUCGAGCUAGCUCCAAAGACUCUUCCGUUUCAUCAACAACACGCCCUAGCUUCGUCCCGUGGGACCGCGAACGCUUCUUGGAGAGAUUAGAGACCUUUCGCCGCGUCGAUCGAUGGUCUUCCAAACCGGCUGCGAUAAGUGAGGUUGAAUGGGCCAAAAGAGGGUGGAUCUGCACAGAUGUUUCGCGGGUGUCGUGUGUGGGAAGCUGUGGCGGCUCAGUGGUCGUCAAAUUACCGGACGAACUUGACGAGUUGGAUGGAUACGAUCUCGACAAAGUCCAGGAGAGGAAGGAAGUCCCUACGAUCCAUCGACUACCACUCACCAACGCCGAUACGGCAAUCGCUAGUCUUCAGAAACGGUAUUCAAAUAUUACAAAAAUUGCCAAUAAGCUACCGGCUGGGGAUAUUAUUCAAACACCCGAGUCAUUCAAUCUAGAAGAUGUUCUCAAGAUAUUGCCGGGAGAAAGCUUCGAAACUGGCGAUGGGUUGCGCUCCACUGAGUCUCAACUCCAGCAGCAGGACCAAUCGCAGGAGCAACAGUCAAACGAAGAAACUCGGGAAAAGAACUCCCAAGUGACACUUGAACAAUCAAAGCCUAUCAACAGAACUGCCUUUGCGCUGGCAUUUUUCGGCUGGGAUGCAGUUUCCAAUGAAACUGCCGGCUUGGUAGGCUGCAGUGCAUGUUUUCGACGAUUGGGCCUGUGGAUGUACAAGCCGAAGGAUAAUGGGGAUGCCACGGUCUACGAUACAUUGGAUGUUGCCAACGAGCAUAUGGAGUAUUGCCCUUGGAUCAGCGGAAAGGCUCAAAGCGGGACUGGCAAGUCAACCGAGAAGCAGGCAGAGCUGAGAAGCGGAUGGGAACUACUUAUUCAAGCUCUCAAAGUCAAACACCGCCGGCAGGUCAGGUCAUCGGCUUCCAUGGACACCCUUCGUGCUGUCUCAGAGACACCGUCUGGUGACUUCCCGGUGGUGGACGAGGUGAACGAGGAACAAAAGAAUGCCAGUGAUCGAGAGUGGUGGGCGAAACUUCGGCGGAUGCGACAGGUGCUGAACGUCAAGUCUCCUCACGGAAAAAAGCCGGUUGUUCCAUGA